CACACACAACACACACAACACACACAACACACAAGCACUCAAUCUCGAAAAGAUGACUACUACCAAACUACCACUGCCUCACUUCCUCAACCUACCACUCCCACCCAUCCCAUUCGACCCAUCCUCAUCCUCAUCAAAACCCGCCACUGCAACUACUACUACGACGACGACUAACCAACCAUUGGUAUUUAAACUCAACCUAUCUCCAGAGCAGUACGAUGAACUGCUCAACCUCGAUGCCGAGGUCGAGGAGGGCGAGGAGGGCGGGCUAAGGGUAGAGUUCGACCCAUCCGGGAAAGCCGCUCUCCAUCUCAACCCCAAUCGCAUCCUCCAACUCAAUCCACCUCGCUCAGGACCAUCUCGCACCAACAGACCCGAGGAGAUCUAUCGUCAUACCCCGGCCUCCACUCCAUCCUCAACUCGCUCACCUCUCACCGGCCUCUUCAGGAUUCCGACGAGCACAACGGUCUAUGACCUCCAACGCUCUCAACCUCCCUCGGAUCUUGCGAUCGCCCCAUCCUCAACCCAGACGCGCCCGAUCGAACCCACAAAACAACCUAGUAGCAAACCUAGUAAUCACACCCCAACCAAUCACACCCCUCAACCACCUAGACCCUCGCGUGUAACCACAGACUCGGGUCGGAGCGAAAGAGAGAGACUGGCCGGACAACGGCUCAAGGAAAAAAGGAUGGAAGAUGAUCGAAAGAAGAAGGAAAAACAGAUGGUCAUCCUGCCCGAUGCCCCUUCGACUGUCCCAGCCACCAGGAAAACUCGCCCCAUUAAAUCAAAAGUUCCCAAUAAACAAAUCUCAUCUAUCAGUAACAGGCAGCCUCCGAGCACCGUUUCAUCGAACGCUAGUCUCUCAUCAUCUAGGAAUCCACCCCCCUCCGUUGCCCCCGCCUCACAAUCACUACCCCUCAGGCGAUCUUUACCCGGAUCCCAAGCCGGAAAACAACUGGCCCAUGGGAUGAAUCAGCAUCUCACGAACCCUUCUGCAGCCUUGCUGAAAUCUACCCCUUCACAGUUGCAAUCAGAAGCGCUGUCGCCCCCACAACCGGUACCAGCUCCUGCUCCGCCGCCAGUGGCGUUCAAACCUUCCAGUUCGAGCCGACGCGGGAAGCCAGCUACCCUCAAUCAACCCGCUCUUUCCGACUCAAAAUCCGCGCCGCCAUCAGAACCUCCAAGUGCCACCAAGCUUAGCACUAGCACCGGGCUGACAAGUCUAUCAGAAGAGGGCGAGGCUGAUCAACAACGCCUGGUGGAUACACCUUCUUCACAUCCCGUCAAGCGACCCUCGCCUCCUGUUGCUCCUCUCAAGCCGAAAGACUCACCGCAGUCGUUCAAGUCGUCACCCCGUGUCAAUGCUGCACCAAAUGAAGUCAAAACUCACUCCUCCCAGUCAUCUCUUCCCGAAGCCAAUGCGAUCCUACCCGAAAGACCAAGUUCGGCAACAUCGGUACACAAGCGACCUGUGAGAAAACAAGCUGCUGCCCCCGCCCCUCAGACAUCAGCUAGCCCUCAAGUGGAGAGUGCCCGGAGUCCUCCGGAUGCCGAUAUUACUCAUAACUCGUCAAAGCGGCCUCGGCCGGAUAUCUUGGCUCCUAAUCCUCCCCGACCCAAGAAAACUCAAAGACGAGAUGGGAACGAGCGACGGCCAGUGGAUAAUCAGCCCGCCCCACCGACACAGUUAAAUCGUGUUCCUUCCAAUAAUGGUGCCGCACGGCCCGAAGAGCCAGUCCGGAAAUCAGGAGUGACUGUCAAGAAGAUCACGGUUCCAGCAGUAAACGAUCGCAAUCCAGCUGUGGCAGCAAAUCGACAUGAGGCUACUCCAGCUCCUCCGAUCAGCAAGAAGAGGGCACUUGAUGCUGAGCCUGUAGCACCCAGCAAUCAGCUCACCAAGCGAGUUCGACAGGAAGAGGGCGGUCUUGGGUCGGCAUCAAAUCUACCGCCGAUUCGCAAAGUGGUUCGACCGCCACCUGUUGUUCCGCUGGAGGCAGAGAACACCCAGAACGGGCAGGCGAAGCGGAUCAAGAAGAAAAAGCGGACCAAGCGAGUUGAUUACACCAGUUCGGAAGUCGAGGAGGGAGAGGAACCGGGUGAGAUCGUCAACACUUCAAGCCGGACUCGUCCCUCCUUGCCCGCUAGCACAUCAAGUCACCAGCAGGCUCCAAGACAGAUUGAUGCCGUCAAGGCCCCUCCUCCUCCAUCGACCCAGUCAGAGAAGGCCAGAGAUAGUCAUCCCAGCUCACAGAAACCGGCAGGCCAUCCGAUGAGCCCGGGCCGGCCUCUGAAGUCGAAUGGGAAGUCGAAGCCGAACGAGCAGGUCGAGCGUAGUCCGGAGAGGACAGUGGCAAGCUCGAGACCGACGGGGGUGGCAGGCGCUGAGGAAGACGGAUCGUCGUCGUCGUCUUACAAGAGCUUGCGGCUGACCUUCUACAGGCUUCUCAAACAUUAUGAGUUUGUCUGUGCCAGACUGGAGCGGUAUAAGUCUGAUCGAUCGGCCGUUGGGAAUGUGGAGGAGGUUGAGGAACUGGUGGUUGAGGUCCGUGGGCUGGAGAUGGAGUUGGAUCGGAUCAGGAAUCGGCUGGUUCGGAACUAUGCUUGAUGAUUGGUUUCGUUCAAUCCCUCUCUCUCUCUCUUUGUUCUUUUCCACUACUUCACUCCUGUCAUCGCUUCUCCCCUUGUCGUUGUUUUCUUUUUUUUUGAUCCCUUUCUUAUACAUACCUCAUCGAUCUUAUUCAACUACAUUCGGCCCUUAUCUCUCUUGCGCUUUGUUUUGUUUUUUUUUGUACAUGUACACAUCACUUAUUUUCAUAAUAUAACUAUCCGUUGUUAUCAUUAUCUUUCUUCUUCUUCUUCUUCUACAAACAUACAUACAUAGAUCUGAUUAUAUCAAAAUCAAUAAAUUAUUGUUCUUAUUGUGUAUAUGUAUAUGAUGAUUAAUCUGAUAGUGUUCUCAAAUGUAUCUUCUGUUUUUUUUUUUCUCUUUGGUGUUUCUUUGUUUGCAGUUUGAAAAUAUACAUACAUAUACACAUCACAUGUACAUCAUGUUUCUUGAUUGCUUUUUUUUUGUUGGGUUGUGUUUUGAGAUUGACUGAUGGAUGACUACAUACAUACAUACAUAUGAGAAUAGAUCGUAGAUUGGCAAGUUGAACACAAGUUUG